AUGUCUCUCUCGCGAGCCUUUACCACCUCCCGCCGCAAGCUCGGCCUCGAUACCGACUCAACUCACGGCUUUAUGAAGCGUAGCAACACCACCAAAACACCCGAUAUUCGCCUCAAGAUUUCUGGUCCUGUCGAACUCAUCCACACCACAAACAUCCUGACCUACAGCGCGCCCGAUCUGCCUCGCCGUUUCCGCAGCGACUCGGACUCGACCUCGUCCAAGGCUGCCGACUCGGACACGGAAACCUUCACAACCGCAGACUCGACACCCCCAACCAGCCCUGAUGUAUCUCCCGCCGAGCGCGACUGCGCUUCCCCCACACCGGAGCCGAACCACUUGUCCUGUUACUUCCAGACCACUGGCCAACCGAUCACACCAGACCCUGCGGCCCCUGCCAUCCCUAGGCGGUCACCCUCGCAUACUAAAAAGGCCAGCUACGAGGCCCUCGCCCGAAAGCGCUCCGUCUCUCGCCAGUCGCGCGACUCGGACAUGUCGGCCUCUUCACGUCCCGGUCUGACGUUUUCUCGCUCAUCGUCGACGUCUACGCGUGCCUCGUCUGGCUCGUCCACUUUUGCGCAAAAGUCGGGCGCUGUUACCCCGCCUGUCAACGCCAGCAAGGAGAUGCAUCCUUUCGGCCAGGAACUUGCUCAGGUAAGCGAGCUUGCCGAGGAGUAUGGCGCCGGCGACAAACUUGCGCCCAUUGACGAGGAAGAGGAGCUCUACCUCAGCUCCCGCGGCCUCGCCAAGUUCAACGCCGACGACUACCUGGGCCUUGCCGCUGUCGAAAAGGACAGGCUUGACAAUUUCAUUGCAUCUUUGGCUGUACAUAUUCAACCACAUACCGCGGGGGACAUAUGGGACAAGGGAUUCAACAACUACGACAAGGUCAGCGAUUGA